UUAACAUCAAACAAGUUUCAGAAGACAACACAAGACAUCACAUACAAAAAAGAGUAUGUCUGGAGGAAUAUUCCAUAUACUGACAAUAACCAAAAUUGCAAUAACCAUAUUGGCCACAUUAACUGUGUCCAGUGGAGCCACAUUAAUUGAUGGUGGGAUAUUAGGGCAGGUGUUAAGGGAAAUGGCUAAUGAUGCACUGGGGGUAGAAGAGAUGCAGGCAGAAUAUGACAAAGUGUCAUAUAGAGAAGAUUCUAUUGAUGGACCAGGGAAUAUUAGAGAACUUGCCAAUUCACUGAGAACCAAGUUCCAAGGUCCGAUCUCUGCACUGACCAAGAUCAAAGAUGCCAUUGAAGAUGACUACAGCAGCUUUUCCAGUGUCAGAUCUAUGACACAGUGCUGCCAAGUGGUGGAAGCUACUUAUGACAAGAGGUUUAGUCAGGAGGUCAACUUUGACAAGGCUUGUGUGACAGUAGCAGGCCAGAGUUCAGUGAAUAAAAAAUUCCCUACGGCAAGGGUUGUGGAAGUGAUGAAGGAAAACAUCCGCAUCAAUCCAAAUCUGAAGUGGCAGUACUUUGGAGGAGAAGAUGGUAUACUCCUUAAUUAUCCUGCAGUGAAACCCACAGGUGUGCCUGACUGUGAUAGUUAUGAUCCAAGGUUCAGGUAA